GGGUACAGAGGAGCGAGAUGGAUGGCAGGAUGGUGUCAUGGCUCCUGUCCGGGGUAGCUGUGGUCCUCCUGGUGCUGCUGCAGGGCACACAGUCAGUCUACAUCCAGUACCAAGGCUUCCAGGUCCAGCUGGAAUCUGUGAAAAAGCUGAGUGACCUGGAUGGGCAGCGGGUGCCCAGCCCCCGCCUGAGGGCCCAGAGCCCCCUGCCCUCCUUGUGCCUCCACCCGGCCCUGCCAAGGGACCUGCAGCCUGUCUGCACCUCCGAGGAAGCUGCCAGCAUCUUUGAGGCCUUGAGGACCAUUGCUAACGACGACUGUGAGCUGUGUGUGAAUGUCGCCUGUACCGGCUGCCUCUGAGAUGAUCCCUGGGCACACCCUGGACACCUUGCCCCCCCAGCCCACUGCCUUCACAGCCCCCACCCCAUCCAAGCCCUGGGGGGCCCCUGGCCACCGGGUCACUGCCACCCUCCCAGGGCCUGAGCAGCUGGAUCUCGCACAAAGCAAUUGGACUCAUGUUGGAGGAGAGUUUGACCCCUGAGGCAGCCCUGCUACUGAAUAAAGCUUCUCUACCCACA